AUAAAUAUCUAUAAUUAUGGGAUUUACGCAUGGUUGUGGUUGUCAUACAUGGCAUUUUUCAAUCGUUUUGGUUGUAACUUCGCAAUGUCGAACGUUUGGGUCAGCAACAAGGGGAAGUCUAUGUGUAUCUCUCCGGCCCAGCUAAUAAGCUUCUCCCAACUCCAUGUUGCAGCCCCGCUAUUCUCUUUUAGCUCUGGGAUAGCUGCGUCAACCCCGCCGCUAACACGACAGUCGUCUGCAUGUCAGCGUUACUCACAAUGACUGCCUUGUGGUGGUGGACAAGAUGGAUGACAUGGGAAACAGAUGCGAUCUUGAGAGACAUAACUUGAAAGGACCAACCUGAGAGACCCAGCCUGAGAAACCCAACCUGAGAGACCCAACGUGAAAGAGCCAACUUAACAAACUCGAACCGCCUUGCAGAAAGCGUGGAAUACCAUGGCCAACGACAUGGAGACUGCCUUCCAGGCCGCCAUCGACGCUAGCAAGAUCAACGGCGCCGUUAUCUGUGCCACCGACGCCGAGGGCAACUUCGUCUACGACAAGGCACUCGGCAAGCGAACCCUACUAUCGGGUGAGAAGAUUCCCCAGCAGCUCGACGAUGUGCUAUUCCUAGCCUCAGCUACCAAGCUUCUCACUACCAUUGCCGCCCUCCAAUGUGUCGAAGACGGCUUGCUGACCCUAACCGGCGAUCUAUCAUCCAUCGCACCCGACCUCGCCUCGAAGCAGGUCAUCACCGGCUUCUCAGAUGAUGGCGAGACCCCCGUGCUAGAGCCACCCCACGGACCCAUCACGCUUGAGAUGCUACUCACACAUAGCUCCGGCGUAGUCUACGACUUCAUCAACCCCCUCGUCACGCAAUGGAACCAAAAAUUCGCACCCCUAGCCGAAGGCCAGCGCCGCCCCGUCGAAGAAGCUUUCAGCUUCCCUCUCGCCUUCCACCCCGGAGAAGGCUGGAUGUAUGGCGGUAGUCUCGACUGGGCUGGCCGAAUUCUUGAGCGCGUCACGGCUGGCACUCUGGGCGAGCACAUGCAGAAGCGCAUCUUUGAUCCGCUCAGGAUUAACUCUGCACAGUUCUACCCUGUUACGCGCGAGGACUUGCGCGAACGCCUUGUCGAUCUCAAUCCGGAUGACCCAGAGGCACUCGGAAAGGUUGUGCUUGGUGGAGGGGGUGACCCGAAUAAGCGCUCCCAGGGGCACUUUGGGGGCCAUGGCAUGUUCAUGGCUGGCGAAGACUAUGUCAAGAUUCUGCGCUCGGUUCUGGCUAACGAUGGGAAGGUGCUGAAGCCCGCUACAGUUGACGAUAUGUUCGAGCAUCACCUUAGCCCUGAAGCGACUGAGGGUCACAAGGCGGCGCUGGCUAGUCCGAUGGGCGUCUUCUUCAGCGUGGGCACCGAGCCUGGGACGAAGGUUGGUCAUGGCCUAGGUGGCCUUCUUACGUUAGAGGAUGUUGAUGGUUGGUAUGGUGAGCGUACGCUGACGUGGGGCGGCGGCUUGACGCUCACCUGGUUUAUUGAUCGCAAGAAUGGCUUGUGCGGCGUUGGAGCUGUGCAAGGUUCGCUGCCGUUGGAUGGAGAGGUGGCGGCCGAUCUUAAGCAGACCUUUCGCCAUGAUAUUUACCGCAAGCAUGCUGCGUGGAAGGCGCAGCAAUGGUGAAAACUGAGAUAACUGAGAUAGUAUAUAAUUACGUUGUGGACUCGGUGUGUAUGUCAAGCUCUUAUUUACGGACAAUGCAAUGAUUAGGACAUGUUCUAUUAAUAUCCAGGGCUUUUAAGUGAAUACUUGGCCUUUAAUGGGCGGUUUAGUCAUGCAUCUGUGAUAAAAUCUGACUGCAUUUGUUUAUAGAUAAUGAAUAGUGUG